UCGAGUAGUUUAUCCAUCUAUUUUAAAAUGGAGUAGCUUACAUUGUUUGACAAUACAAACUUGUUUUUUUUUUUUUUUUUUUUUUUUUGAAAACACAAUACACACUUGUUAGUAAAAUAAAAUUGCAAUUUCCCAAAAAAAAUUACAAAAAACCUUGUCACGGUCGGCAAUUUCGUAAGGUGCUUCCAGCAAAUCUGCAUACUGUUUUCGCAGUUUCUGGGAAGUACCAACAUAAGCCAAGGCAGGUAUAAAAGAGAACAUAAAAUCCUAAAGUCUCCUUAACAACAAAAGAAAAAUCUACACAUUAUUCCUUUUUUUAAUUUGAAAAACACAUUAAGCUCCACAUUCUCUUAUCGCUGCCAAAAUAUAGAUCAAAUGGCCGGUAAGAUGCAUAUGAGAUUACCUGUAAUAGAUUCGCUUUUGGCCAUGGUGAGGAACUUCCGUGGUAUAUCAUCUAAUGGAAAGCGCGGUAGAGCAGUUGAGGCAGUUGAUAAGCAUUCUGAAAUGUGCAGUGUUCAUUUUCAACCACAAAAUAAACGCAGGAAAGAGCAGACAUUCCUGAGUGUUAACUCGAAGUACAUUGUGAAGAUGAUGAAUUGGUUAGGAAAAGAUGAGAUAAACGCCAUUGGAAUUUAUGGCAUGGGCGGAAUUGGGAAGACCACCCUUGCAAAGCAGCUUCACAUUCGAGUAAAAGACCAAGAAAUCCAUGUUACUGCUUGGAUCUCUGUUGGAAUGGAUUUCACUGUAUACCAAUUACAGCAAAAAAUUGCUGAUGCUUUUGGGUUUGAUCUUCAAAAUGAUAAAGAUGUGACCAGAAGAUCGGGCAUGAUAUAUGCAUUUUUGUCCUGCAAAGACAAGUGCAUACUUUUCCUUGAUGAUUUGUGGGGUGAAUUUCGUCGAGAGGAAGUAGGCAUUCCAAGAAAAUGCAAGCUCGUUGUCAUUUCCAGGAUGCUGGAUGUUUGUCGUAUGCUUCGUUGCCAGAAAAUCAUCAGGGUCGAACCACUCUCAGAGGAAGAGGGUAUGCAGCUCUUUCACUAUAGUAUGGGAGCGUAUGAUGUUUCCAAUCAAGAGCUCUCUGUUAGGAACCUUGUAGUUAAUGAGUGUGCAGGUCUCCCUCUUGCUGUCAUAGCGUUGGCCAACAUCAUGAAAGGGGCGGUUAAUUCUCCUAGAUGGGGAGAAAUCGUUGAGAGUGUAGAUCCCUUUUCAAUGGGAAGUACUCAGUUGGAAGAUAUACUUGGUCAAUUGAAGUUGUCUUAUAAUAGAUUGAAUAGCGCUAAGCUGCAGCAUUGUUUCUUAUGUACUGCAUUAUACCCAAAAGGCUAUCCCAUCAGUAAAGAAGAGUUAAUACGUCUUUGGAUUGGGGAGGGGCUCAUAGAUGAGAUGUCAUCGUGGCAGGAACAGUACGACAUGGGACAUACCAUAUUGAACAAGCUUCUCAAUUCUUGUCUGCUUGAAUCUUGUCAACAUACCGGGAUUGUUAGGAUGCAUGAUCUUGUUUGGCGUAUGGCUCUUUCCAUUGAUAGUAAUGGCUUAAUGGUGAAUGAUGGCCUACCUUCAAAAUUGGAGUUCUCUGGAAGUCUCAAAUUUGUUUCAUUGAUAAAUUCGUCAAUAUCACUGAUCCCAUCAGAUGCUUCCCUCAAAUGUGCCAAUCUCUCAACCUUAAUUUUACAACAGCCCUUCGAGGUAAUUCCAGAAUCAUUUUUUUUUAACAUGCGUGCCCUUCGUGUUCUAAGCCUAUCCGAUACUCGUAUUAUUAGAUUACCAAGUUCCAUCAGUGCCUUGGAUGAGCUUCGAGUCCUUGAUCUUAGCAGUUGUCAGAAACUGCAACACGUCUGUCCAAUAACACAACUUUAUAAAUUAAGGUUUCUGGACCUUUCUCAGACUGCAGUUGAGGAGGUUCCUCGCUCCCUUGAAAUGUUAAAUAAGCUCACUGAGCUUAACCUAUCCUCUAUCACUGAACCAAAAAUCCUAGGGGUUUUGCCUGCCCUUUCGAAAUUGAAGAAACUAUCAUGCCAUAUUUCAGGCAUUAUUCACGAGCUGCAAGUUUUGGAAUCACUGAAAGUUCUUGAUGCCAGAUUUGAUAACCUUUUGGACUUGAGUAAUUAUGUCAGGUCUCAGCACUGGAGAACAUUAGAGUGCUUCCAUCUUCAGGUUGGUUAUAGAAAAAGGCUGAAGAAAUCAUACAGUAGAGCAGUAUCUCUCCAAGGCUGUAUCUUGAGUGCGCGAGGGAGGGAACAGGUUGCAUUUCCAGAUGACCUUCUGGAGCUGUAUCUUGAUAAUUGCAGUGGUUUCAGUAGCCUGUCUGAUAUAGUGUGCGGCAAUAAUACUGAAAAUUUUAAACAGCAAGCCGAUGUUUUUUCAAGCCUAGUUAAAUGCACCAUCAGAAGGUGUCAUGAUGUCGAGAAACUUCUUUCACCAAGCUGUAUGCAAAAUCUCCCGAGCCUUGAGUUAUUGAAAGUUGAAGAGUGUCACAAAUUAAGAGUGCUAAUAGUAGAGGAGAUCGGUACUCAUUGCCAUUCUGAAGGAAAAGAUGCAGCCAUUGACCUCUCACAGCUAAAACAGUUAGUUCUCACCUCGUUGCCCCAAUUGAAUAACAUCUAUAAGGGUCGACUAAUUUGUGCUCAACUUUGGUCAUUUACAGUUAUAGACUGUCCAAAUCUGAAGCACCUUCCGUUUUCCAACAAUAUGGGUGAUGUAAAAGAAUUGAUAACUUCUCUUGAAUGGAUUGAAGGACAACAGAAAUGGUGGGAUUCGUUAGAAUUGGAUGGUAUGGAAUCUAAAGCUUUGCUAACAUCGUUCUUCAGAUGCAGAUCUUCCAUGGAUGUAUGCUGAACAAAAGAGUAAAAGUUGUGUGUUAUAUUUAUAUUGAAGUACUACGUUCGAGUAUAUAAUUAGCCAUCUUGCUAUAAUGCUAUUGAGUUGAAGGUGUAAGAAAUAUGACUUAUGUAAUCUAAAUAAUGAAACGGCUUAUUUGGAAAUUGUCAAGACGUGACAAUAGAUCACUGUCCUAAAGUCGAAUUUGCUUCGCACAGUAUACGCGGACUCGUAGCAAUCGAUCUUCUACGUUACACGACUGCAACUCUUCAAUGUAUGACAAAUAGUUAGAUUGAAAACACUAUGAACAAUGCCCAAAAUAAGAAACUGUAUUUUGUGUAACAA